AUGGUUCAGAUUAUUAAAGACAUGGAUGAAUUAAAAACAUUUUUGAAAGCUGCCGGAUGCAAACUUGUGGUGGUUGAAUUCUCAGCAAAAUGGUGUGGUCCUUGCCAAAGGAUUUAUCCUCUUGUUCAUGCAAUGUCUCUGCAGUACCAAAAUGUAAUGUUUGCUAAUGUGGAUGUGGAUGAUUCUCAGGAGUUGGCCCAAACUUAUCAUAUCAAAGCAGUACCCACAUUUCAGAUGUUCAAGCAGGCCCAGAAGAUUUUUGAAUUUUGUGGAGCCGAUGCUCAAAAAUUGGAAGCGAAGAUUCGAGAACUAAUGUAAGCCGAUCUCCAA